UUCCUUUACAACUCCAUAAUUUCCUUUACACCUUCUCCUCUACAUGAAAAUCCCUCCAAAGAAACCUCAUUUUCUCAAACCCAUUUUGCCAGGUUUCAAGGACAAAUUUACAAUUCCUAUAAGUUUCUUCAAGUAUUUGAAGGGACAGGGGAAUGAGUAUGCAUUACUAAGAAGGGCAAGCAAAAAAUGGCCCGUGAAGGUGAAUGGACGGCGAUUGGAAGAUGGUUGGGAAGAGUUUGCAAAGGACCAUGAUUUACAAUUGGGAGAUAUUUUGAUAUUCAGACAUGAAGGAGACAUGGAAUUUGAGGUCGCCGUCUUUGAUUCAAGUUGUUGUGAGAGAGAAUAUGAACAAGGAGUACAUGGAAGAGAAGAAGGAAAAGUGUGUAUUGUUGAAGAGUCUUCCAAGAAAUUGGAAUUCAAAGAAAAAUCAAAGCCCAACAUCAAGAAAUCAGGCAAGGGUUUCGCCAAUGUAGAAGCUGCUUAUAAGGACAUGCAUCUCAGUCACUCUCAUUUCAUUUGUACAAUUAGACCUUAUUGCCUUUCAAAGCAUUGUCUGUGUAUUCCAAAACAAUUUGCACAAGAAAACAGACUCAACGACAGGAAAUGUGUGAUAAUUAUGAGGGAUGAGCAACGAUCAUGGACGUUUAGUCUGUAUACAAGCGGCAAAAACACCUUCAUUGGAAAUGGAUGGCGUGAAUUCUGCCUUAUGAAUUGCUUUAAGGAAGGAGAUAUCUUAAAGUUUGAGAUAGUUUCCAAUGGAGAAACACCUAUAUUCAGAUUUCAUGAUUUGAGAGGAAGCCCAUUUCUCCAGGAUGAAGUAAAGAAGGAAAAUUUGGAUGCUGAAAGAAUGUCGGAUAAAGCAAUAACAGAUUUUAGGCUUAAGACCUCAGACGUGACUACUCGGAAAUCACAAGUAGCUGCUUCAACUUCUGCCAAUGCCAACCCUCAUUUUAUAUCUACUAUUAAACCUUACACCCUCAGAUGUCCUGUUUUGUAUCUUCCAAUGGCUUUCGCAAAAUCAAAUGGCUUGCUGGAUAGACAUGAGUUUAUUCUCGUAGAUGAAAAACAGAGAUCAUGGUCAAUGUGGCUAGGGCGAAUUGACAACGGUCACUUUGGAAUUAAAAAGGGAUGGCGAAAGUUCAUUAAAGCAAAUGGUGUUCAACUAGGAGAUACUUACAAGUUUGAACUCAUAAACAAUGGCACAAUACCUAUAGUUCAUUUCCAUUGUAAAUAUGAAGCAGUUGAUGAUGGGAAAGAAAACUAAGCAUUUAAGCAAGUGGAUGUUCUACUACUCUUUUGAAGUAUCCUUUCAUGCAUAAUUACUACUCCUCCGUUUCAAUUUAUUUGUCUUAUUUUCUCUUUUAGUCUGUUAUGAAAUUUUUCCUUUUUUUGGCAACACUGCUUAAUUUUAAUUUUCUACCUGACAUUCUUAAGACCAUAAGAUUCAAAAGUCUUUUUUAUUUUUUUAAAUAUCAUGUCAAGUUAAAAUAAGAUAAAUAAAUUAAAACGAAGAGAGUAUUAGACUAAUGAUUGCCUUUUAUAUUCUUUCCCAUUGUAAUCAAACUAGAAAAAAAGGAAGAGUAGUGGUGUUCAUGUGGGCCCAUAUAAUAAAAAGAAG